GCUGGUUGUGUUAUCUGAAAUAAAUAAAGUAUCCUACUUUGAUUAGAUUGUUCUGAAAGCUGUAUUUUAGGAACGAAAGCUACGGAAUAAAAGUAUCUCUGGAGUCUGGUAAAUGCGGCUCCUCUUCCAGCUACCAAUCUGUUGCUGCUCUGAGCAAAGAUGGCGGAGGACGAGAAGAGUGGUGAGCCAGUGAAAGACAAGAACGAACUGCAAAUUAUGAAGGAGCUUGUGGAUGAACUGUAUAAUUUCCGAGAUUGCUAUUUUGAGACUCACAGUGUGGCGGAAGCUGGGAGGAAACAAAGCGAUGUCACGCAGGAAAUAGAAAAGACUCUUAAGAAGCUGGAGGAGAAAGAAGAUCAAUUCAAACACAAAGCAGAGUUUCUGCUGCAUAAGGGCAGGUGUCUGAACGUAGCUCCUGACUUCAGUGCCGUAGCAGAAGAGUGCCUUUCCCGUGCUGUGAAACUGGAGCCUGGCCUGGUCGAGGGCUGGAACACAUUAGGCGAGCAGUACUGGAAAAAAGGAGACCUGAUUGCUGCCAAGAACUGCUUCACUGGAGCCUUGCAACAGAGCAAAAACAAAGUGUCUCUACGCAACCUGUCUAUGGUGCUGAGACAGCUGCCAGCAGUGGACAGCGACGCCCAUAGUAAGCAGGUGAUGGAGAGUGUGGACAUGGCGCGGCAGGCUGUCCAGCUGGAUGUCACAGACGGGACGUCGUGGUAUAUCCUGGGAAAUGCUUAUGUGUCCCUGUUUUUCACGUGUGGACAGAAUCCACAGUUGUCUCAACAAGCUCUAAGUGCCUAUGCACAAUCUGAGAAAGUGGACAAGGCGGCCUCUUGUUACCCGGAGCUGCAUUUCAACCGAUCCACUCUGUUCCAGUAUGAGGAGAUGUUUGGGUCUGCGCUUGCUGGCUACAGCCGAGCCGCGGCGCUCGACCCGGGCUGGGAGGAGCCUCCAGAGAAAGAGAAGCAGCUGCUGGAGUAUCUGAAGAAAGUCACAGAGCUCAUACAGAACAAGGGGAAGGUGAAGGCGCGUCGGUUACGGACGAUGCUCUCUAACCUCAACACGUCGGCCUUGGGUCCCUGCGCCUCUCCUCAUUUCCGCUCCCCAACCGGCCGCGUAGGCAGCCUGGAGCCUCGAACUCUUUCCUCCCUCACACACGGUCACAACACCGGGGUGGCCGCCCUGGGCAAGGUGGUGUUCAGUCUGGCCUCUGAGGGUCGCAUGGCUUUCACGUUUGGCAUGGUGGACAGCGAGGAGACCUGUAUAGUGGUGAUGGUGUACAACACGGCAGACAGCUGGGGCGUCCUGAUAGGAGACACCGUAGUCAUUCCUGAACCUCAGCUCAAACGAAACAGUAUAACGCAUAAAGAUGAGUCAUUUGACUUCAGAAGUAUACGAGUGGACUCGCCUCUGCUCCUCAUUGUCAACGGCAAGAAACAAAACGUCCAAAGUCAGAUUGCUGCGUCUGUCAGCUACAAGCCCCAGAGCGAAUGAGCUGAACAAGAAGCGAAGAGGACCAAUUAAUAAUGAACGUUUUUGAGAGUUUCCGAUGUUUGUGCCUAUUGUAUGUGUUGUUCUGUAAAUAGGUCGCACCCUGUUACUUUGUCUUUAGAAACACUUUGUUUAUAUUUAUAAAUAUUUCUUUUGUUUUUGUAUUCUGUUGUUGUGCAGACAACAAUGAGUUGUUUUAGUAAAUGAAUGAACCUGUGAUAAUGAGGAUGUGAUGUCAGAAUGGUGACUUAAGUUUACCCUGAAAGAAAUCCUUUUUAUCGUAAA